UCGCGCCGGUUUGUCUUUUUCCCCCGUCGGAACUUAAAGGCAGGAGAAUCCGGCUCCAUCCGCCAAGUCGGUCCCGCCGGGUACUUUGUAACGCUCCGGGCCAGGCCUGAACGGCAUCCGCCUUCGGAGUCGGGAUUAAAAAUGAAGACCAUUCUUAGUAACCAAACAGUUGACAUUCCUGAGAAAGUCGACAUUAUCCUGAAAGGGCGGACAGUCACUGUUAAAGGGCCGAGAGGAACUUUGAAAAGAGACUUCAACCACAUCAAUGUGGAACUCUCCCUUUUGGGGAAGAAACGCAAGAAGCUGCGUGUCGACAAAUGGUGGGGUAACAGAAAGGAGCUGGCAACCGUUCGCACAAUUUGCAGUCAUGUGCAAAACAUGAUCAAGGGGGUUACAUUGGGCUUUCGUUAUAAGAUGAGGUCUGUCUAUGCCCAUUUCCCCAUCAACGUCGUUAUUCAAGAAAAUGGCUCCCUGGUCGAGAUCCGUAACUUCCUUGGGGAGAAAUAUAUCCGACGGGUGCGCAUGAGGCAAGGGGUUAAUUGUGCAGUGUCGCAAGCUCAGAAGGAUGAACUGAUCCUUGAAGGAAAUGACAUUGAAUUGGUAUCUAAUUCGGCUGCCUUGAUCCAGCAAGCCACAACUGUCAAGAAUAAAGAUAUCAGAAAGUUCUUGGAUGGUAUCUACGUCUCCGAGAAGGGAACAGUGCAACAAGCUGAUGAAUAAAACCGGUCCUGAAAUGGCAAUCUGGGAGACAUGACACAUCUUGCAGUUGGAAGUUUUCUAUUUGAACUGUACAGUCUCAGAUUGUUUUGAGAAAAUAAAACCAUUAUCUUUCAA